AUGGUAUCCAUGGAUCCAUCAGUCAAGGACUACAAUGAAACUCUCCGAAAGGUAAAUCGAACAUCAUCCCGACCCAAGGGCCCGGAAUCCAAUCCAUUUGUGCCAGAGCUCACAAUAUAUAUUCAGAUAUCAAGGAGUCUUGAAAAUGCUUUUGAAACAUUCGGCUCUUCCUCAGUCCAAUACCAUGCCAUCCUUGAACUCCUCCAUGACUGUCUACGGGAUAUCGAGGAAGCAAAGAAAACACCAGUCCAACCAACCGUCGACCCGGAUGUACUCAGCUUAGCGAUGGGAUUCCUGAAGAUUGCAGAAUAG